AGAACGCCACUCUGGACUUCGAGCGGGGGGGGCGGGAGAGGACGCCAGUCGUCAGCCAGCCCGCAGUCUCGCCCGUCGCUUGCUUAUUGUUUUGCGGCAUAAAACUCUUGCCAGAGGACUUGUUUUUUGGGGGCACUGUACGGAGUCGACUGCUUUGCACCCAAACUAAGCGCUGGCUGUAGCUUUGUAGCUAAGGCAGGCUGUAUCCAAGCGUGUCAGAGUCCGCGACGAGGAGACAUGGCCACGACCACUUGUACGCGAUUCACGGACGAAUAUCAGCUGUACGAGGAGCUCGGAAAGGGAGCAUUUUCGGUGGUACGGCGGUGUGUGAAGCUGUGCACAGGUCAGGAAUAUGCCGCCAAAAUCAUCAACACUAAAAAGCUCUCCGCAAGAGACCAUCAGAAGCUUGAGCGAGAAGCUCGGAUCUGUCGACUCCUCAAGCACCCAAACAUUGUUCGUCUUCAUGACAGCAUAUCAGAGGAAGGCUUCCACUAUUUGCUGUUUGACUUGGUGACGGGAGGAGAGCUGUUCGAGGACAUCGUGGCCAGAGAGUAUUACAGCGAGGCUGACGCCAGUCAUUGCAUCCAGCAGAUCCUGGAGGCGGUGCUUCACUGCCAUCAAAUGGGCGUGGUGCACCGAGAUCUGAAGCCAGAGAACCUGCUCCUGGCCAGCAAGUGUAAGAAUGCUGCAGUGAAGCUGGCAGAUUUUGGCCUGGCUAUCGAGGUGCAGGGAGACCAGCAAGCAUGGUUCGGAUUUGCAGGGACACCAGGAUAUCUGUCCCCCGAAGUGCUGAGGAAGGAGGCAUAUGGAAAACCUGUGGACAUCUGGGCCUGUGGUGUGAUCCUCUACAUUUUGCUGGUUGGCUAUCCUCCGUUUUGGGAUGAAGACCAACACAAACUCUACCAGCAGAUUAAAGCUGGAGCUUAUGAUUUUCCGUCGCCCGAGUGGGACACAGUCACCCCGGAAGCCAAAAACCUGAUCAACCAGAUGCUGACCAUCAAUCCAGCCAAGAGAAUCACGGCUCAGGAGGCUCUUAAACACCCGUGGGUCUGCCAACGCUCCACAGUGGCUUCGAUGAUGCACAGACAAGAGACAGUGGAGUGCCUGAAGAAGUUCAAUGCCCGGAGGAAACUCAAGGGAGCUAUCCUCACCACCAUGCUGGUGUCGCGAAACUUCUCAGUGGGUAGCAGGCAGACCACGGCUCCGGCCUCGGUCACUGCCGCUGUCGUUGCCGCGGCAGCAGGCACUACAGCAGGGCUGGUGGAACAAGCCAAGAGUUUACUGAACAAGAAGGCAGAUGUCAAGAAGAGGAAGUCAAGCUCCACAGUUCAGUACAUGCCCCAGACCAACAGCACCAAAAACAGCAUAGUCACAAGCCCCAAAGGAAACCUUCCCUCUCCUGCACUGGAGUCGUCUGACAGCAGUAACGCCACAGUGGAGGACGAGGACACGAAAGGAGAGAGUGUAGAUAGCAACUCAGGUCACAGCCAGUCAAACCUCAGCUCCCAUCCUGAUCACACAAACAUGCCUCGGGGUUCCACCCCUGCUGACUUCUCUUCGACCAAGUUCACAGACCUGCUGGGUACAGUGCGCAAGGGCCCAGGCCCUGUGCCUGACGGAGAGGGGUGUGGCCUCACCCCCUUGGUUGCUCAGCCCACCUCUGUGCCCUGCCCCGCCCCCCACAUCCCCAACGUUCCCAUGCAGAUGUCACGUCUGACGGACCUGGUGAGUGGCGUGCGCAAGAGUACGGCCCCCCAGGCAGACGCCGAGCCCCCAGCGCCUGGGCGACCCCUGCCCGCCCCGGCCCAACCCUCCCCUCCUCUCCAGCCCCCCUCCAGCCCCCUGCCUCCUGUGCACUCGCGCAAGCAGGAGAUCAUCAAAAUCACAGAACAGCUGAUUGAGGCGAUCAACAACGGAGACUUUGAGGCUUAUGCAAAAAUCUGUGACCCUGGUUUAACCUCGUUCGAGCCCGAGGCUCUGGGAAACCUGGUGGAAGGAAUGGACUUCCACAGAUUCUACUUUGAGAACUUGUUGUCCAAGAACAGCAAGCCCAUCCACACCACCAUUCUGAACCCUCAUGUCCACCUGAUCGGCGAAGACGCCGCCUGCAUAGCCUACAUCCGCCUCACGCAGUACGUGGAUGGACAGGGCCGGCCGCGCAGCAGCCAAUCGGAGGAGACGAGGGUGUGGCAUCGCCGGGAUUCCAAGUGGCAGAAUGUCCAUUUCCACUGCUCAGGAGCGCCUGCCGCUCCUCUCCAGUGAAGGUGCCAGCUCGCUGUAGCCACAUUUGAGAAGAGCGCCCAGCCCAAGUGGGCGAGUGUGAGGAAAAAUGGAGAGAAAGAGAGGAAGGAGAGGAAGCCCAGUGUCAGUGCCUGACCCUCCCACACUGGGCUCCGCCCUCACCUGUCAAUCACGUCUCCGUGCAAUGUCCAUCCUGCCCUCUCUUUUGUCGCCCCUCCCCCAGUGUGUUUCCACAUUCUGCUGUGAGUGAAGCUGAAUGGAGUACGGUGGUCUCUAACUGGAGUGGAUGGCGAGGUCCUUCGUGUGCUGGCCGUGGCGUCACGCUUUCUCUCUCACUGUCCCCCGGUGUGAAUGGUGAACCCGUUUCACUGACCUGCGUCCUGGCAUAGAGCAUGUACAUUUUUAAUAUGAUUAUUAUUAUCAUCAUUAAUAUUGUUAUUACUGUUGUUUAUUAUGAUUAGUAUUAUUACUAUAAUGAUUAUUGCAACACAAAAGCAAUCGUGUCAUUUGUUCAAUUCAUAUUCUGGCUACUAGUGAUUUCUGAUUUAAGCCUUUCUUUUGCUCAGCCAUUUGUUUUUGAUAGCAUGGCACUUUUGGUGUAUCCACGGUGGCAGUUCCUAUAGUAACAGAAGGGGAGAUUGCUAAAGCACGGCGUUUUUGUAUGGACUUAUAAAUGUAUCUGAUGAUUCAAAGCUUGUGUUCACACACUUUGUGAGUGAUUGUGUAUUUUUGUGUGUGUGCGUGCGUGCACAUACGCUCUGGCACUAACACUUCCGAGUGAAUGUACAUUUUGUGUGUGUGUGUGUAUACAGGUGUGUGAAUGUGUAUGUGUGUAGGGGACAAGCUAAAUAGAGUGAGUUUGAACACAGUGACAUGUUUGGGGUCUUCCAGCCUUUAUUUGUGCCAUUUUUCUAUUUCAAACAGCAGCUUUUCAUCAUCUCUUCUGAGACUGCUACUUUUUUCUAACAGAGAGUUUUUUUCUCAUCUGAUUUCACAGCGAUAUUCAAAAAGGGCACAACCUCUGAUCACUCCAUAUUACAUCAUUUGUAAUUAUGCUUUGUCACUUAUUUGAAGCAGGGCCCAGAACACCAUCUCCACAUUACGUGCCACCUCCGAAACAUAUCGACAUGGCACCGCACCCGGCCGAGCCUGUUACUGACCUACAGCGAGGGUGGUUUCCACGCACAUGUGUAGCUUCACAGCUCAGCUCAAACUCUAAAGCCAUAACCUAGCUGAAGGUGCUACAUUUAACUCCGACCUGAAGUCCCAGGCCUUCUUGUCCGAAGACCCCAAAUGUCUCCUCACGGAGAUCCGAGGGCACACGCAAACCGCACCCAUAAUGUACACCUCCUUUUGAAAGUGGCGUCACCGUGACGAUGCACAGCAGGAUAAAAGCUAAUACACGGCUGUGACUGACGGCUGUCACGGGGGCUUCUUCAGCUUUUUAAACAGAGAGAGCAUGUAGCAAAACCCUUCUCUGUACUGGUCCAGGCUGUACCUGAUCAUCUACGUGGAGUGACCUUCAUUUGACCGAAUUGCAGUCAGUGGUCCCCUCCCUUUUGUUUUAAUACCAUUUCCAAAUUUGUCAGAAGUGUUGGAUAUAAUCAGUAUUACUCAUUGUGUUUUAAUGGUUUUAUAUAAUAUAUAUAUAAAUAUAAAUACAUAUAUUUAUCUUUUGUUUGCUCUCAGUUUUCAUGGCUCUUUUGAAGGGGAUUUCGUAUGUUUGUACUUGAAGGCAUUUUGCCACCAUGGAAAUGAAGGCGUCCCCCGCGGAUAGGCAGCAUGUAAGGUAUUUUAUGACGUGGUAAUCUUCAUUACAGAGAUGUGAAGAGGUUUUUUUGGCAGAGUCCGGGGGGUUGAGAAGCUUUUCAAAACAUGGAGAUUGGGAAAUGUAAAUUUUCCUUACAUAACAGUGUACUUAUGAGGAUGGAUGUCCAAUCGAACAUAUUGCAUCCAGUACAGCUGACCUAAACUCCGGUUCUGACGCUGCAGGCAUGAAAGGGACUGAAGUAGGAGAGACGUCUAUUGGUCAGGUCAAGGAAAUGACCUUGUGACCUUAACCCAAGAGAGGAGAGGAGUAAGACGAGGCCAUUUCAGAAGCUCAUUCAUUGUUUGUGUCCUCAGGUCAUAUUUAUUUUUUAUUUAUUUAUUUAAAUAUUUUCUCAUUUUUUGACAUGCUUUUUAAUUGUCUAUCAUUCAUCCUUCUGUCCUGCCAAGUUUUGCUAACAAACUUUUCCCGUUUUACGAUGUGAUGAAGAUGUUAGGCUUUAGUGAACAUUGUUGAUUUUUGAUCUUUAGAACUUCGAUGUGCUCUUGCAUGUCCAAAGGCCUUUUUUAUCCAGCUGGGGAGGAUGGGAAGUGUCUAGGCCUGGAGCGACCCCACCGGGCCAACCCACCUGGGCUCCUGUUCUUUGCGCUAGUGUCGUGCUGUUGACUGGCUGUAUUUCAGAGCUCAAUCUUUGUUGCGUUUCCCCUCGUGUCUGACUCUGGCUGUCUCGUCUUGCCUAGCGAUAAGAGGCAGUUACAUGUUUUAUACAACGUGUGCGUGUGCUUAAAACGCCCUGGCAGUCCACUCCCUGGAAAACAAAAAAGACAAAAAAAAAAAAAGCAUGUAAAAAUGUACUAAUGUUCUUUGUGUGUUUUAGCAUUGAAAAUAAUCAUGUAAAAAAGUGAAGAUUCGCAUUAAUACUAUUAAACAGGACACAGUAUUAAAUUCUAGCAUUUUAGCCAGAAUUUCUUUGCAUGACGGUCACUCAAACACAAACUUGGUGUUCAUUCUUUUUUUUUCUUUUUUUUGGUUGUUAUUUUCAGUUACUAUUGAAUGCAGGUUAAGUAAACCUUUCUCUUAUCUAUUUUCCAAGCUUUGUAAGUGCAUAAAAUAUUUUUGUCUCAAGAUGAUAAAGAUGAAGAUUAUGUAACUGAAAGUUAUAAUGUUAAUGAGAUUAAGAUUAUGAGAAUGGUGGUGAUAUUUCAAUGGCAUGCUUUUGUAUUCAAACUCACUGUUGUCAAUGCAGGCUGGCUGAACUUUGAGAAGGUAUAGGAACUGAACCUUGAGACGCUCCUGUAUGUCUGCUGUAGCUACACAGUAAGGGUUUCAACAAGAGUGCACAAAUGUCUGAAUAUUCCAUUUGCGUUCAGUACAAAUAAUAGAAUUUCUCUCGUCCAUAGACAGUGAAGUCAUUUAUAGUGUUUGACCUUCACCAGUGCUGUUAAUACACACGUGCUAAUGGAGUCAAAUUCGGAGUUGCUCUUAUUGAUGUUGGAUUUUCGGAUUGAUUUUCACAUGAUAGGAUUACGUUUGGGAACACGCCUGAACCCGAAGUAUAAAUGUACUUCCAUUCAAGCUGCGCAUGACCGUGCGACUGAGUUCUGGCUAGUCCAUGAAUCUGAAGCGCAUGCUCUCUUCAUGAGGCUGUGAAGAGCACAGUGAUGUUACCUGCACUGACAACACAGAGCUCAGCUGCUUUUAGUCCUGCAUUGUUUUCACUGUUUUGAUCCCUUCCACGUUUUCCUGUUCCAUCUCACUGUAUAGUUUCUCUGAAGAUGAACUCCCCACCGUACCAUCUGUCAUUUGUUUGGUUUCUGUAUAAGAUAAUAUUCUCUUUUAUUUCUUGGAUUAUUCU